AUGAAUCAAAAUGAAGAAACGAAUAACGACACAAAAGAUGGACAACAGCGCGAUAAGCGAACUGACGCCCCGACAACUUUAAUUGGAAAUAAUAGAGACGUACAAAUUGAAAUUAGACCACACGUAUGCGGAACUUGUGAUAAAGGGUUUAAGAAGAAAUGUGAUUUGCGUAUUCAUGAGAGAAUUCAUAAUGACGAAAAACCUUAUCAAUGCGAACUUUGUCGAUAUAAAUCUAGGAUCAAAAGUAACCUAACAUCGCACAUGGUGUCAAUGCAUGCCGAUGAUGAACGUUUCAAGUCUAAUAAGCAUUUGUAUGUUAGAGGAAUAUCAUACAAAUGCGAAACGUGUAAUAAAGAGUUUAAGAAUAAAAAGAAUUUGCAUAUUCAUGAGAGAAUUCAUAAUGACGAAAAACCUUAUGAAUGCGAUUUUUGUAAACGUAAAUUUAGGAUCAAAUAUACCCUAACAUCGCACAUUGUGGCAAUGCAUGCCGAUGAUGAACGUUUCAAGUCUAAUAAGGAUCUAUAUACUGGAGGUGUAUCAUACAAAUGCGGAACAUGUAAUAAAGAGUUUAAGAACAAAGCGUAUUUCCUUAAUCAUAAGAAAAUUCAUGAAGACGAAAAACCUUAUGAAUGCGAAUUUUGUAAACAUAAAUUUAGGUUCAUAAGUAAUCUAAGAUCGCACGUGGUGCUAAAGCAUAACACUGAUGAAUGUUUCAAGGCUAAUAAGGAUCUAUAUACCGGAGGUGUAACAUACCAAUGCGGAACAUGUAAGAAAAUAUUUAAGGACAAAACGCAUUUUCGUAACCAUGAAAGAAUUCAUAAUGGUGAAAAACCUUAUCAAUGCAAGUUAUGUGCAGAAUAUAAAUGUAGGAUCAAAGGUAUCCUAAUAUCGCACAUUGUGGCAAUGCAUGCCGAUGAUGAACGUUUCAAGUCUAAUAAGGAUCUAUAUACUGGAGGUGUAUCAUACAAAUGCGGAACGUGUAAUAAACAGUUUAAGAACAAAACGGCUUUUAAUAGGCAUGAAAGAACUCAUACAGGAGAAAAACCUUAUGAAUGCGAUUUUUGUGAACGUAAAUUUAGGAUCAAAGAUACCCUAACAUCGCACAUUGUGGCAAUGCAUGCCGAUGAUGAACGUUUCAAGUCUAAUAAGGAUCUAUAUACUGGAGGUGUAUCAUACAAAUGCGGAACGUGUAAUAAACAGUUUAAGAACAAAACGGCUUUUAAUAGGCAUGAAAGAACUCAUACAGGAGAAAAACCUUAUCAAUGCGAACUUUGUGAAAAUGAAUUUAGGACCAAAGAUAACCUAUCAACGCACAUGGUGGCACUGCAUGCCAAUGAUGAACGUUUCAAGUCUAAUAAGCAUCUGUAUGUUAGAGGUAAAUCAUACAAAUGCGAAACGUGUAAUAAAGAGUUUAAGAACAAAGCGCAUUUAAUUAAUCAUAAGAAAAUUCAUGAAGACGAAAAACCUUAUGAAUGCGAAUUUUGUAAACAUAAAUUUAGGUUCAUAGGUAAUCUAAGAUCGCACGUGGUGCUAAAGCAUAACACUGAUGAACGUUUCAAGGCUAAUAAGGAUCUAUAUACCGGAGGUGUAACAUACCAAUGCGGAACAUGUAAGAAAAUGUUUAAGGACAAAACGCAUUUCCUUAAUCAUAAGAAAAUUCAUGAAGACGAAAGACCUUAUCCAUGCGAAUUUUGUAAACAUAAAUUUAGGACCAAAGAUAACCUAUCAACGCACAUGGUGGCACUGCAUGCCAAUGAUGAACGUUUCAAGUCUAAUAAGCAUCUGUAUGUUAGAGGUAAAUCAUACAAAUGCGAAACGUGUAAUAAAGAGUUUAAGAACAAAGCGCAUUUCCUUAAUCAUAAGAAAAUUCAUGAAGACGAAAAACCUUAUGAAUGCGAAUUUUGUAAACAUAAAUUUAGGUUCAUAGGUAAUCUAAGAUCGCACGUGGUGCUAAAGCAUAACACUGAUGAACGUUUCAAGGCUAAUAGGGAUCUAUAUACUGGAGGUGUAUCCUACAAAUGCGGAACGUGUAAUAAAGAGUUUAAGUGCAAAUGGAAAUUCCAAAGACAUGAGAGAACUCAUAAAGGCGAAAAACCUUAUCAAUGCAAGUUUUGUAAAUAUAAAUGUGGUGACAAAUGGAACCUAAAAAAACACGUGACUAGAAAGCAUGGCAAUGUUGAACGUUCCAAGUGUAAUAACGAUUUAUAUACUGGAGGUGUAUCAUACAAAUGCGGAACGUGUAAUAACGAAUUUAAGAGCAAAGCGCAUUUGCAUAUUCAUGAGAGAACUCAUAUAGGCGAAAAACCUUAUCAUUGUGAGUUUUGUGGAGAUAUGUUUAGGUGGGUACAUUCUUGA